UCGAAACUCCGAAGUGGCACCCGCCUCGACUCGCUGAAGGUCAUUGUGACCAUAAAACUAUGAGAAAUUAGUCUCGUUUACGUGAGAAUAUUUUACGGAAGCAGAGGAGGAGCGCGACCCAGGACACCUGGACUAGAGCGACGGGGCUCUCUCGCUAGCCAUGUCUCUCCUCCUCCGCUGCGCCUCCAGCUGCUCCGUGUCCUUGCUCCAACAAGGGGCACGGCAAAAGGUGCCUGGGAAAAGGUGCUUUAGGACUUUCCCCGUUCUGUGGAAUCAACAAGCUUCCAAAGGUGUCCCCUAUAAAGACAUCGUGGUUGGUAUCCCCAAGGAGAUCUAUAAAAAUGAGCGGAGGGUGGCGGUUUCACCGGCCGGAGUGCAGGCGCUGGUCAAGCAGGGCUUCAGCGUGCAGGUGGAGAGCGGAGCUGGCGAGGAGUCCAAGUUCUCCGAUGACCAGUACAAGGAGGCGGGUGCCAAGAUAGCUGACGUAAAGAGCGCUUUUGCUUCGGACCUAGUCCUGAAGGUACGAGCGCCGACAUUCAAUGAGGCCCUGGGCUUGCAUGAAGCUGAGCUGCUGAAGCCAAAAUCCACUCUUGUGAGCUUCAUUUACCCGGCCCAGAAUCCAGAGCUAAUGGAGAAGCUGUCCAAACAGCAGUGCACAGUCCUGGCCAUGGACCAGGUCCCCAGAGUCACCAUCGCCCAGGGAUACGACGCUCUGAGCUCCAUGGCCAACAUUGCAGGGUACAAGGCUGUUGUGCUGGCAGCCAAUCACUUUGGAAGAUUUUUCACUGGCCAGAUCACAGCUGCGGGGAAGGUUCCGCCAGCCAAGGUCCUGGUGAUUGGCGGUGGAGUGGCAGGCCUUGCUGCUGCUGGGGCAGCGAAGUCGAUGGGCGCCAUAGUGAGAGGGUUCGACACCAGGCCGGCAGCCCUCGAGCAGUUCAAGUCCUUUGGGGCGGAACCACUGGAGGUGGACGUGGCGGAGUCCGGGGAAGGGGUCGGCGGUUACGCCAAGGAGAUGUCCAAGGAGUUCAUCGAGGCGGAGAUGGCGCUGUUCGCCAAGCAGUGCAAGGACGUGGACAUCCUCAUCAGCACUGCCCUGAUCCCAGGCAAGAGGGCCCCCAUCCUCAUCAAGACAGAAAUGGUGGAGUCCAUGAGAGAUGGCUCUGUGGUAGUGGACCUGGCAGCUGAAGCAGGGGGCAAUAUUGAGACAACUAAACCUGGCGAGCUGCAUGUUCACAAGGGGGUGACACAUAUCGGGUACACCGAUCUCCCGAGCAGGAUGCCCACCCAGGCCAGCACUCUGUACUCUAACAAUGUUCUCAAGCUGCUCAAAGCCAUCAGCCCUGACAAGGAGUACUUCUACUUCGAGCCCAAAGACGAGUUCGACUAUGGGACGGUCGACCAUGUCAUUCGGGGCACCAUGGUCAUGCAGGAAGGGAAGAACCUUUUCCCCGCUCCCCUCCCAAAGACCACCCCACCCCCUACCCCAGCCAAACAGAAGACAGUCGCUGAGAUGGAAGCAGAGAAACUUGCGCUGAUCUCCCCUUUCAGGCGAACCAUGACCUCAGCCAGUGUCUACACAGCAGGCCUCUCCGGGGUCCUAGGCCUGGGCAUCGCCUCCCCCAACGCCGCCUUCACCCAGAUGGUCACCACGUUCGGUCUCGCGGGGAUUGUGGGAUACCACACUGUGUGGGGAGUCACUCCAGCCCUGCACUCUCCUCUCAUGUCUGUCACCAACGCCAUUUCAGGUCUGACUGCAGUGGGAGGCUUGGUGCUGAUGGGGGGUGGUCUCACCCCCGCCACGCUUCCUCAAACCCUGGCCCUCCUAGCCGCCUUUGUGUCAUCCAUCAACAUUGCAGGUGGCUUCCUCAUCACACAGAGGAUGCUUGACAUGUUUAAGCGUCCCACGGACCCUCCAGAGUAUAACUACCUGUACGGCAUACCUGGAGUUGUCUUUGUCGGGGGCUACGGAGCCUCUCUUGCCAGUGGAUACAGCAUCGAACAGAUGAUGUACCUGGGCUCCGGCCUGUGCUGUGUGGGCGCGCUGGCUGGGCUCUCUGCGCAGGGCACCUCCAGGCUGGGCAAUGCCCUCGGCAUGAUCGGGGUGGCGGGGGGCCUCGCCGCCACCCUGGGUGCCCUCAAGCCCUCUCCCGAGCUGCUGUCUCAGAUGUCCCUGGCCAUGGCCACCGGAGGCACGAUAGGCUUGACCAUUGCCAAGCGGAUUGAGAUCACAGAUCUGCCGCAGCUGGUGGCUGCCUUCCACAGCCUGGUGGGGCUGGCGGCCGUGCUGACCUGUAUCGCCGAGUUCAUGAUCGAGCACCCCCACCUGGACAUGCACCCCGCCGCCAACGUGGUGAAGACCGUGGCCUACCUGGGCACCUACAUCGGAGGUGUCACUUUCAGUGGCUCCCUGGUGGCCUACGGCAAGCUGCAAGGCAUCCUGGACUCCACCCCCCUGCUCCUGCCCGGCAGGCACAUGCUGAACGCUGGCCUCAUGGCUGCCUCGGUGGGCGGCAUGGUGCCCUUCAUGUUGAGCAGCAGCUACGCCACCGGCAUGGGCUGCCUUUUGGGUGUCUCUGGUCUCUCCACAAUCAUGGGCGUGACUCUGACCGCCGCCAUUGGGGGCGCCGACAUGCCUGUGGUCAUCACGGUGCUCAACAGCUACUCCGGCUGGGCUCUGUGCGCUGAGGGCUUCCUGCUGGACAACAACCUCAUGACCAUCGUUGGGGCUCUGAUUGGCUCCUCUGGUGCCAUCCUCUCCUACAUCAUGUGUGUGGCCAUGAACCGGUCUCUGCCCAAUGUGAUUCUGGGCGGGUACGGGACAACAUCCACGGGAGGUGGGAAGCCCAUGGAGAUUGUGGGAACCCACACUGAGGUCAAUGUGGAUCAGUCCAUUGAGAUGAUCAAAGAGGCCAACAGCAUUAUCAUCACGCCUGGCUGGGGUCUGUGUGCCGCGAAGGCUCAGUAUCCCAUUGCUGACAUGGUGAAGAUGCUGCGAGAGCAAGGCAAGGCCGUCAGAUUCGGCAUCCACCCCGUGGCUGGCCGUAUGCCAGGGCAGCUGAACGUGCUUCUAGCUGAGGCUGGAGUGCCUUACGAUAUUGUGCUGGAGAUGGACGAGAUCAACGAGGACUUCCCAGAAACAGACUUGGCGCUGGUUAUUGGUGCAAACGACACUGUAAACUCCGCAGCACAAGAGGACCCCAAUUCCAUUAUUGCUGGCAUGCCAGUUCUGGAAGUCUGGAAAUCCAAACAGGUUAUUGUGAUGAAGCGCACACUAGGAGUGGGCUAUGCUGCUGUGGACAACCCUAUUUUCUACAAGCCAAACACGGCCAUGCUCCUAGGUGAUGCCAAGAAAACAUGUGACACCUUACAGGGUAAAAUUAGAGAUGCCUAUUACUAGAUUUAAUAUCAAUUAUAACUUCAUGAAUCAAUGUGUCCUGAUCAAAUGUUGAUUUAUGACUGCAUGUUCAGUUAUGCAGUUUUAAUUAAAGCAGACACAUUCAUUUUUCACCUUGUAGCCUGGUACAGAUUAAAUUAAUUUAUUCCGGGAAAAAUCAAAUGAAAGGAUUAGAAUGUAAGGUUUUGUAAAAAUUACCAAUUACUCUGCAGCAUCUCCUCAAAAUCUAAUGAAAUGGCAUAAUUUGUCCAACUGCAUGCACUUAUCUGAUUUGUAAAUAAAAGUAUUUAAAAUGA